AUGGUGAAAGAAGUCUCCUCCGCUCAGGAGUUCGAUGCGGAGCUGAGCUCGGCCGGCUCCAAGCUGGUCGUGGUCGACUUCCACGCUGUCUGGUGCGGACCGUGCAAGGUGAUUGCGCCCGUGUUCCAGCGACUUGCAUCUCAGUACACCAGCGUCGUCUUCCUCAAGGUCGACGUUGACCGUGUUCAACCAGUCGCACAACGAUACAGCGUUCGCGCCAUGCCCACCUUCCUCUUCCUCAAGAACAAGAGCGUCGUCGAGACCCUUCAAGGCGCUGAUCCCAACCGACUCACUGCGCUUGUCAAGCAGCAUUCCUCGGGGGCCUCGUCUGCCUUCUCUGGCUCGGGUCAGACGCUCUCUGGCAGCGGCUCUUCGUCCAACUCGUUUGGUGCGCGCACUGUAGCUGACAUCACCGACGGCCAUUCUUCUCUCCUCAAGACAGUCGAGGCGAAUCGAUCGUCGGCGUUGAACGAAAAGCCAGAUCACCGUUUGCAGGACAUACUCAAUGGUCCCAACGGCGGCAAGUGGCUCGAGAGCGAUGCCGACGAGCAACUGCUCAUUCACCUUAGUUUCAAGCAACGUGUCAAGCUUUCAGGGAUCCUCCUCCGAACAUUGCCCUCACAGUCAGCUCAUGCGCCCAAGCAGAUCAAGAUUUUUGCCAAUCGACCGGGACUCAGCUUCGACGACGCAACUGCAGACACGGCCGACCAAGAGGCCGAGCUGUCAGAGGAGCACGUUCGUGGGGGCGAAAAUGGAGGCGGCGGCAAGGUCUUCUCGCUCCGCUUUGUCAAGUUCCAAAAGGUCGACUCGCUGACCAUUGCCGUGCUCUCCAAUCAGGACGACGCAGAGACGACGCGCAUCGACGCCAUCGACGUGUUCGGCCUUGCCGAUCAGGCCACGGACAUGAGCGAGCUGCAAAAGAUUGCUGCCGAGGGCGAGUCACGCGACAUGGACUUCCGCACUGCCUCGAGAACGGGUCUCAAAGGUGGCAGCAGCUCGCCUGGCGGCUACAAAGGUGGCUUCAGUGCACCGCGAAGCUCAUCCAUUCCCAACAUCUCGGCGUAUGCCGAACGACCCUCGCGGCACGGCCGAUCGCAUUCGACCUCGAGUCUGAAUCCUCCAAUGCCCAAAUACAGGCGAUCGGUUUCAUCCGCCUCGGCGCCUCCGAUGCAGCUGGUGGACGAAGAAGAUGAGGACGAGUACGUCGGAUCCACCGAUCGACGCAGGUCAGAUCAUCAUCAGGGCGGCUUUGCUCCGUCAAUCCCGCAUUCACCACCCUCCAUGACCGAGGAGGAAGAGGCAGAGUUCGAAGCCGCGCAGAGGGCAGCGCGCGAUACACUCAGCGGAUGGCACUAUGCACCGCUCGGUGUCGCCCUUGCCCCUCCUCUCGGUGCUCUUUUGGGCGGACACUCUGACGCAUGGUCUGAUGCCAUCCUCCUCAUUCUCGCCAGCUUCUGGCUCUACCAAUUCCUGCGCAUCCCCUGGGAGAUGUACUACGCUUCAAGGACCCGCAUCGUGCUUUCCGUCGAUCAGGACGACGACGACGCGGUCGAGCAGGAUGGGCAGGACACUUCUGCGCGCAAGUCUCCAGAAACAGCUGAGCGCAAGGAAGCUCGUCGAGCAGCAGCGGCUGAACUCCGCCGAUCGGAGCUGCUGAGUCUUGUCUUUUGCGUCCUUAGCCCUCUGGUCGGUGCAUACAUGCUGCAUUGGAUGCGCGAGACCAUGACCGACGGCAACAAGUACCUCAACACGUUCAACAUCCGCCUCUUCACCCUCGCCGCUGGCAUCAAGCCUUGGUCGCAUGCCAUGAGCCUCAUUCGACGUCGAAUGCUGCACCUGCAGGAGGAAGUUCACCACCCGUCGUCCAAGGUCGAAAAGAUGAACCAGCGCAUCCGUCGUCUCGAAGCGGACCUGUCGAGUCUGCGCAAAAUGUAUGCCACCAAGAAUGAGCUCCGCGUUCUGCGCGACCACGAGGCGCAGUUGGGCCGAGCAGUGCGCCGAUCCGAGAGGAAGGAGGAACACCUCCGAUUGUCAGCAGAGGAGAAGUUCAGCAUUGUCGAGGGCCGGCUGGAGGAUCUGCUGCGAGAGGUGGCCAUCAACGCCGAGUUGAUCGAGGACGAGCGCAGGGAGCGAGAACGGGCAGCAAGCGCUCGAAUUUCGCUCUUUGCAGCGAUCAAAUACCUCAUCGGCUCCGGUCAAGCUCGUCACACAACUCCAAAGCACUACCUGCACGACAUGCCUCGCAGCCUUCCGUCGACGGCGUCGCUGGGACUUGGAGCCAUGUCACCCGAGUCGGAAGCCAGCAUCGAGGCUCAUCUGCCCUCUGCUGCCAGUCAGAGCCUCAGCCCGACUGGACCAGCUCGCACUAUCACUGGCACGCCUACAUCCUUCGCCGCGCGCGAUAAGGCUUCCUCUGAACGCCACGGCGAGGCACCUUCCACGACCGCUCCUGCGCGCCCCAAACAUGGCAACGGCAAUGCCGUCGUUUCCCGCUCUCGCACCAGCAACAACAUCCAUCACGUCUCUGGCCCCUGGUGGGAACGCGGAAUGGCCUUCUACCUCUUCCUCCCGCUCAACGUCUCCAGCGCUGCCAUCCGCUUUGCUGGCGAGAAGGUGAAGCACAUUCUCGAGGACUCGGAGCAGGAAGCCGCCAGGAAUCAACGCAAGACGCUGCAGUAUCAGAAGCAUCUCGCCGACCAGCAGCUGCAGCAGCAUCAACGCAAAAUGUCGCAGCAGCAGCAGAUGCUGAGCCCUACCCGGACGCGUGGCGAGGCACCGCCGAGCAUCAAGGUCGCUGCCCCCCCUGCUGGGCGUGUUCGUUGA